AUGUAUAGCACUCGACUUGUGUGUUUGGACGGAACCACUCUUCCGUAUGCGGUAUGUGUCAGAUGUCUGAAAGCUGUGAGCUAUAAGGCGAGGGAAGGGACGGGAGGUCUUCAUCGUCAUCCCUGUUCCAAGCAAUCGAUUGCCGCCGCCAUCGCCGCUGGCAUUCCCUUCAACACAUCCACUAACCGAUCGGCAAAAGCCUCUAAAUUGAAGUCAAAUGCUGGCAAUAGCAACAAAAGUGUUGUUUCCAUAACUCCUUCCACGUCUUCGUCGUCUUCCGCAACGAUUCCUAACAAACAGAACGCAAACUUUGCUUUCAAUUCAAUGGUUGCCAUUGAAAUUGUUAACAAUUUAGUUAAAAAUAGUCGUCAUUUGGCACAGGAUUUGAUGGGAAAUGCGUUAUCACAACACUCUCUAGAAUCGCACAAUCAAUUAAGUGAUGUGCAGAACAAUGAGAUCGUUAUUCGCACAGAAUUGGCAUCACUUAAGACACAACUCAAUGAUAUGACAGCAAAGAGAACACAAUUAGAGUGCGAUCUGAAGAGCACUCAAAAUGAAUUACACGAAAGAAACGAAUCCAUUAAAAAACUGAACCGAAAGUGUCUUCUAUUCGCUAAAGAAAAAGACAGUUAUAAACAACUCAUCACUUCUUAUGAACACGACGUGACUCUCGAUUGGAACAAAGUAUCCAAAGACAGGAUUUCCAGCUUAGAGUCCAUUGUCGAUGAAUAUCGCCAUUUUGUGGAACAGUUAGAAACAGAGAUUAAAUCACUGAAGAAUGGGGAGGAAUCGGAAGAAUGUCACCACAAGAUGAAGGCAUUAGAGAAUAGUUUUAAUGAAAUAAAAGCCAUGAAAGACAAAGAGGUGGAGAUUGUGGAGUCGAUGGACACUUCGCCCGACGCGUGCACAACAGUCACGCCUACUGUUUAUCGUGUCAUUCAUUUCAAUCAAAACCCAAUCGCAGUAAACGUUGAGAAACAUAACGAAGAAUUCAAACGACUCGUGGAUGAGAACCAAAAACUGUUGAAUAGAAUCGUAUCGUUAGAGUCGGGAUCGGAAGCAGACGUCAGCAAAAGACUCGAAGAAGGCGUCAAAAAUAGUCAAGAAUUGGAAAAACUGCAGAAAAAGUUGAGUUCCGCUGAAAAGAGUCAGCAAAAGAUUAUCGACGCCUUUAAGCGGACGAGUAAAGAGUUCCGAGAAGUUUGCUAUCGUUUAACGGGUUUUCGAAUCGAUCUAUUGAAGCAAAACACAUACCGUUUGGCUCACAUGUACGCCGAUUCUGCCGACGAUGUGUUGUUGUUUGAAUGCGAUUCCGACCGAACCAUCAAAAUGCUUGAAAAUCAGUACUCAAACAAACUUCAAGAUUCUGUGCAGACAUAUCUCACAACACACGACAGUUUCCCAGCAUUUCUCGCUUCCCUUACACUCGAACUCUUCCACAAACAAACAAUUGUCUCAUGAAUUGGUUGACAGAAAU